AUGGGAAUCUCGUGGCUAAUAGAGGGGAAGCCAUCAUUGGACGUUGGAGGAGAGCCGUGCAGCACGACGCCACCUGACCCGGACGAGGACCCGCUGCUCUGCCCCCAUGGGUACUUCUGUCACGUGACCGACAGCGCCAAGCCGCAUCGAGGCAUUCCGAACAGCGGAUACUGUAAGUCCGCCCCUGCAGCUGGGGGCAAGAAGGGAGCCCCUGCAGCAGCUAAAGGGGCCCCUACCAAGGGUAAGGCGACCCCUGGGAACACCAUGCUCACUGUCAGUGGCCCAAGUCCAGUCAGCCCACCCAAACCUGAGGAUAUCACAAAAGAUUCCACUGCGUAUGCGUCUGCAGUUGGUUCCGCUGUUGAGGCAACUUCCGGGGCAAGUUCCAGUCCUCACAGUUCCCUGCUAUGUGGCUCAGGGAGACAACAACCCAGGAGGGAAGCUGCCAUACAGGGGCUGUCCUCCAGUGUGCUGGACACCAAUGGUCCAUUCCAAGUGGUGAAUGCGUUCAGAGUGCUCCCCCCUGACGCCACUCACACCAUGCUGCUGUCCUUCACCCCCAGCGCAGGACGCGUGUUCCAGGAAGUGUUGAGUGUCCACUGUGAAACUGGUAGUCUGCACGUGACCCUCAUGGGCAAGGGGGUCAGUCCCCUGGUCAGUCUGUCCCCUAACGUGGCGGAGAACGGGGUCAUGGACAUGGGAUCUGUCUUGGCAGGGGAGUACCUCGAGAAGACAUUCAAGAUGCAGAAUACCUCUUCCCUGUCCAUCAAGUAUUCCAUCAAACUGGAGAGUCUGUCUCUGCUACGGCACGCACACGCUCAAGAACUGCCGAAAUUCCUCGCUGGAAAAUCUAACACUCUAGUCGGUGUGCAGAACAACAAUGGUCAUAACGUGUUUGACCUUGUGCCCGCUGAAGGUUGCCUUGAACCAGGUGGGAGCGUGGAGAUUACCGCGACAUUCUCACCGGACCACGCCAGUGACCUGUAUUCUGAUGGUGUUAAAAUUGAGCUCUUUGGAAAGGAGGAGUCUCAGUCGUUCCAGAUCAAGGGUACUGGCAAGUCAAAGAUCAUGUUCAUAGAAGGAGGUGACCCUUUGAAACCUGACCUGGAGUCGCUUGCUGUGAAACUUACACCACAUAUCGAGGAAGAAGAUUUGAAGCUGAUAUUGCCGCCUGUGCUGGUGACCUUGAGAAGUACGGCGCUGGAGGACAGCUUUGUCCCUGCCACCCGUGACAUCUUUGUCGGCUGUGUCCGGACCAUGGCUGUCAGUCAGAAAAAGGAGCUGAAACCUGGCUACAGGAAUGGAGAGUUUACAUUUGAGAACAUCCAGUCCAUUACUCAGAAAGGGUUCAACAUUGAUCCACAAAAGGGCAUGGUGGAAGCCGGAGUCCUGAAGCCUGUCACCAUCACUUGGACCCCUCCACAAGGGUUCAUUCAAAAUGAGGUGUGUGAGACCAGUGUGGUUGUGACACUUAAGGGGGAUGUGGCGGAGCAGUUUAGAAUUCUGCUGAGAGCAAUGGUUGUCUCCAAGUAACACCUGACAGCAUCGCGUUUAACUGGGCAAUGGAAUCUGAUACCAACAGAAUGUUACCUAUGAACUUAAUGCGUGGAUGAUAUACUAUGUGGAUUGUGUAUAAAUAUUCUAGCAAAUAAUACAUUACAUAUCUACAUGUACUUAUGAUUUUAAUGAAAUUAAUUUAUUGUUUACAAUGUGCAGAAGGUUUACAAAUGUUCCCUUUAAUAUAAAUAUAUAUAAUCAAUUCAAUGAGAUAUUUUCUCUUUAAAAUACCAUACAACAUAUAUGAUUGUAAGGAAUAAAUAAAAACCAUGUGUGAUUAAUUAUAAUUUGUUCUCAUAUGUAUGAGAAAAACAAUCAUUUUAUGUUAUUAAAAGAUGAAAUGUCCCAUUGAAAUGUUUCUUUUUCAACAAAAUAUCAUAAACAUGUAAUGUCAAUUGGUAACAUCUGUUUGAUACUUCAAUGAUGUUUAGAAAAUAUAACAUCAAAAUAAAUAAUUACUUGUAUCUUACUAAGAAUAUGAAAAUAGGUUUUCCGUGUGUGAAAAAAUUAAACAUCAUAUAAGUGAAAGAUUGUUGUGGAAGUCUUGAUCUUAGAAACACUGUCUGUACAAGUGAAUAUGAUUAUCAGUUUUGCAUUUGUGUACUUAAGUGGUCUGUGAUAUGACAUUUUUGCUAUGUUAAUGAAUACUAAACAUAUUGAUAUUUUUUUUUAAUUAAAAGUUGAAAAUA